AUGCUGGUAAGAUCUGCUUCACAUGCUGGUUCGUGGUAUUCCGCGGAUCCCGCACGGCUCUCUGCCCAAUUGAACCAGCUUUUCGCCGCUGCCUCGUUAUCCCCUCAACCUGGCGCCAGGGUCCUUAUUGGUCCUCAUGCUGGUUAUACCUACUGCGGAGCAAGGUUGGCGGAAACUUAUUCGACGUGGGAUACUAAAAACGUACGGCGUGUGUUUGUGUUGGGUCCGUCGCAUCACGUUUACUUCCGUGACUCUGCCAUGACCUCCCAUUAUGCCUACUACGACACUCCUUUGGGCCGCUUGCAAGUGGACCAGGAUGUUUGCACCAAUCUUGUAAAAAGCUGCUCGCUGUUCAAAUACAUGAGCAGAUCUGUAGAUGACGAUGAACAUCUGUUCGAGAUGCACGCGCCAUUCAUUGCUCACCGGUGCAAGCAAGACGGUGUGGCGCCCAAAAUCGUACCCAUUCUAAUCUCGGGUAUGUCCAAACUGCUCCGCAAAGACAUUGUCUCUGCGUUGCUUCCAUACAUGCAGCUGCCAGAGAAUACCUUUGUGGUUCUGCUGGACUUUUGCCACUGGGGCCGCCGAUUUGGCUACACUAUGUAUGUUCCAGGUGAAGAUUUGGAAGAUUUGGACGAUUUAGUUGUCUUGUCUAAAGGCGAAAAUCCCAUCUACAAGUCAAUUGAGGUGUUGGAUCGAACCGCCAUGCGUAUUGCUGCCCAAGGGCUGGUGACCAAAUGGGACGAGUACAUUGACACGACACGGAAUACCAUCUGCGGGCAAAAACCUGUCGCCAUUGUGUUGAGCCUCAUAGAGAAAUACAGGAAACAUGGCGGCGGUAUUGCCAACGAGAGUGUUUUUGAGUGGUUAGGUUACUCUCAAAGUAGCCAGGCUACACAUAAGAACGACUCUAGCGUUUCUUACGCGUCCGGAUAUGUUCAAUUGGUAUAG